AUGAGACCAGCAGUUGAAUUGGUCAAGGAAACACAGGACAUUAUUGAAAAAUUGAAAACUUUUGAAGAAUUAUCGUUGAGCUAUCCAAGUUCUAAUUACUUUCAUGAAUCGUUUAAUAAUUAUAUAAUAGAACAACAGGAAGCUUACGAACCAAUUGAGUUGGAUAAUAUUAUUUCCAUGCGAGAACUGCUUUCAGAAUCAGAGAAUGGAAAGUAUCCAACAUCAGAAUAUUUUGGUCUGAGAAAUACUUAUAAUAUUCCGCAACUCUUACCACUUAUUAUGAAAUCAAAUAUUGCAAAAAGAGUUCGAGUAUUGGAUUUAUCAUUAUCAGGUUCAAUAACAGAAAAUGAUGCUCUAUUUAUUGCAGAGCAAAUCCAAUUACAGAGAAAAGAAUUCACAUUGUUAGAAUUUGUUGAUUUGAGAUAUAAUAAUAUUCAACUUGAAAAUAAUCCGAAUAGGGAUAUCGUGAUUCAACAAAUUGAAGAGGAAUUCAACAAAAUAGGAAUUGCAGUUGAUGUAUCAAAAUCUGAUUAUUGUAGAAUUGCAGAACAUUGA